AAAUGUGUCGGUCAGUCGAUUAAUAACACUGCAGCAACUUGUAGUGUUGCAAAAACAAAAAAAGAAACACUCGCACGAGGCUACAAAGCAAAAUUAAAUAUAAAUCACUAAAUUGAAACAAAACGGCGAAAUAGAAUGGCGGAAACAGAGCCAGAGGUUGAGGUCAAUGGCACCGAGGUCGAGGAGGAUGGCCAGGACGAGGACAUCAAGCAAAAGAAGCAAACGCGUCACGACGGCGGCGCCGCCGACCUGGAACGUGUGACAGACUACGCGGAGGAGAAGGAAAUCUCGGCUGCAAAUAUCUCGAGCGCCGUGGAACAGUUUGGCAAUCAGCGCAGCAAAGAAAACGAGAUGCGAGUGGCCAAGGAGAAGGAGCUGCAAAAGGUGCAGGUGAAGAAGGAGGACAUCGAACUGAUCAUGAACGAACUGCUCGUGAGCAAGGCCCAGGCCGAGAAGGUACUGCGGGAACAGAGCGGCGAUGUGGUGGCCGCCCUGGAGGCCAUCAUCAGCAAUUGAGUCGCCGGCCCACCCAGCCUGGACACGCCGUCUCCUUUACUUAGCAUAACACUGCUUUAUUUGUACAUUUAUAACUAGUAAAGAAAAAAAAAGAGAAAA